CAACAAACGUGGGAUCUAAACGCGAACAAUCAAGCCACGUUCGACCUUGAAGUACAGCCACAUCUAUUGAAUGUGACAAGCCUAAUACUAAGGUUCUUACCUCCAUUGUAAUCUUGUAAAAGAAGCGAUAGCGAAGCGAAAGUGUGUUUCAUAAUAAAAUAAAGAUCAUCUCACACGCUUGUGUUUCAAACAAACGGCCUUUACAUCGUAUAUGCUCAUUCGCAAAAGGAGAUGGCGGGUGGAACGAUUCACGAACCAACGCCACUCCUCCUUUCAGAUGAUGAGAAACGUAUUCUAGGUUUACAUGAUCGCCUUCAGCAGCUUCAAUUAGAGAUCGCCUUACUCACAGCCCAGAAGAAUUACGACCCACGUACAAGUCCACCUACAGGAGAUGGGAACAUAGAAGCAGCCCAGAAAGCGCUUCUGGAUUCAAGAUCCAAAUAUGUCCUCCGGAAUCAAGUAGUAGACAGCGUUGUGGCUGCCAAUCCAAUCCUACAAGCAGUGCACAACGGUACAAAAGCAUCUCCGAUAGAAAGGGACUUACUGCCCAUUCUAGAACAACGCGACCAGUCAUCUUCAGCGUUAGCACAGCAGUCCUCGGAGUUACGCACACUGCUUGACGAGAUCACGGAGGUGGAGAGUCAGAGUCUACGCCUCGGUCGCGAGAACGUGGAGCUGGCGUCCAAGUUGCUCGAACUUGCCGAGCAGACGAAUCGGAAUAAGGCAGAGGCGGUUAACCUGGAUCCGGAGCGGGCAGCUGAGGUCUCGAGCCUAGAGGGCCAGGUUAAGCUAAGUAGACAGAGAUGGCGGGUCCUGAAAGGCACUGCAAGCGCAGUGGUUGCCGGUAGUGGAGUUGAUUGGUCUAGAGAUUCUGAGCUGAGGGAUAUUGUCUUGGACCCCGAAAACGAGGAUGAAGCGUGAUAAAGAAGUUCAAGAUUCCGUAUAUUGACGAGAAGAGCACGUUCGAUGAUACCCACCUGAGUAAUAAUCCCACUAAUCUGGCAAUACUAUUCUUUACCUUCAUAUGUGAAAACUCCGAGUCUACAAGCCCUGGAAUAAUGCACCUGAGCCUUUGAGUUGUCACAAUGUUACCUCACAGAUAUAGAUACC